AAAGCUGUUCAAACUGUUCAAGCGACGAAAGACGCUGGAACGAUGUCUGGUUUGAAUGUAUUGCCCAUCAUUAAUGAAUCGACGGCGGCUGCCAUUGCCUAUGGCCUUGACAAAAAGACAUCUGGCGAAAAGAACAUAUUGAUUUUCGAUCUUGGCGGCGGCACCUUCGACGUAUCCGUCCUAACGAUCGACAACGGAAUUUUCGAGGUCAAGUCCAUUGCCGGGGACACGCACUUGGGCGGUGAAGAUUUCGACAAUCGCAUGGUGAAUCACUUUAUCCAAGAGUUCACUCGCAAAUAUAAGAAGGACAUGUCCGGCAAUAAGCGAGCAGUGAGACGUCUCCGAACAUCAUGCGAGCGAGCCAAGCGAACUCUCAGCUCGUCGACGCAAGCGAGCAUCGAGAUCGAAUCGCUUUUCGAAGGAAUUGACUUUUACUCGUCGAUAACGCGAGCUAGAUUCGAGGAGCUUUGCUCCGACCUCUUUAGGAGCACGCUCGAUCCCGUUGAGAAGUCAUUGCGCGAUGCCAAGAUGGACAAAGGCCAAAUUAACAGUAUCGUUCUCGUUGGCGGAUCGACGCGAAUCCCGAAAAUCCAGAAGCUGCUACAAGACUUCUUUAACGGCAAGGAAUUGAACAAGUCCAUUAAUCCAGAUGAGGCCGUUGCUUAUGGAGCAGCCGUGCAGGCAGCGAUUUUGCACGGAGAUAAAUCAGACGAGGUUCAAGAUUUGCUUCUCCUCGAUGUCACACCAUUGUCAUUGGGUAUCGAAACCGCUGGCGGAGUCAUGACUACCCUCAUCAAGAGAAAUACUACCAUUCCAACGAAGCAAACGCAGAUUUUUACUACGUACGCGGAUAAUCAGCCUAGAGUGUUGAUCCAAGUCUACGAGGGUGAAAGAGCCAUGACGAAAGAUAACAAUCUCUUAGGUAAAUUCGAGUUGACGGGAAUCUCUUCAGCUCCACGUGGUGUGCCCCAGAUCGAGGUGACGUUCGACAUCGACACCAAUGGCAUCUUAAAUGUAUCAGCGGCUGAUAAGUCUACGGGCAAAGAGAACAAAAUAACAAUUAGAAAUGACAAAGGCCGUCUAUCCAAGGAGGACAUUGAACGAGUGGUAAACGAGGCGGAGACGUACAAAAAUAAAGACAAUCAGCAGCGGGAGAAGAUAAGUGCUAACGAUGCCUUGGAAGCUUAUUGCUUCAAUAUGUAGAGUAUUGUCGAGGACGAGAAAUUUAAGGACAAAAUGAACGAUACUGAUCGCACAGCCGUGAUAAAGAAGCGCAAUGAAGUUAUUGCUUGGCUGGAUGCCAAUCAACUGGCUGAGAAGGAUGAGUUUACUGGCAAGGAAAAGGAACUGCAAGCGGUCUGUAAUCCAAUAAUUACGAAACUUUACCAGGGCGGUAAUGUACCAGAGGGGAAGCCAUCUGGCGAUGGAACUGGAGAACCAACCAUUGAAGAAGUCGACUGAAUCAAUUAAUGAGAUUUCAUAUCGUGAACAAAAUAUUUUCGUACCAUACACCCUUUCUUUCAUUAAAAAAAAAA